AUGGAUAAUCCAAUUCAAGAGAUUCUGGAGAAGCAAGUUUUGACGGUAGCGAAAGCUAUGGAGGAUAAGCUCGACGAAGAGAUCGCGUCUCUUGAAAAGCUUGACGAAGACGAUCUAGAGAUUCCUUCCGAGAAAGAAUUCUUCGCCGCCGUUAAAUCCAGUGAACGCGUCGUCUGCCACUUCUACCGUGAGAAUUGGCCCUGUAAAGUGAUGGAAAAGCACAUGAGUAUAUUGGCAAAGCAACAUAUUGAGACACGUUUUGUGAAGAUCCAAGCUGAGAAAAGUCCGUUCUUAGCUGAGAGACUCAAGAUUGUUGUUCUUCCAACUCUUGCCCUCAUAAAGAACACUAAAGUCGAUGAUUAUGUGGUUGGGUUCAAUGAGCUAGGAGGGAAAGACGAUUUCAGCACCGAGGAUCUAGAAGACAGAUUAGCUAGAGCUCAAGUGAUACAUUACGAAGGAGAAUCGUCUCUUAAACCAAAAUCUACAACACAAACCAAGAGGAGCGUAAGGCAAAGUGCUUAUUCAGAUUCUGACUGGGAAUAA